AUGAGGUUUUACGGUAGACAACAUUUCACACAUGUCACAAUUCAGUUGCUGGAGGAAUUAAGCACAUCCUAUGGGACUCUAUUGGCAGAGGUCUCUGGAAGUUUGUGCCUGGUUCCCCCCCGCCCCCGACUUUGCACUCUACACCUUUUGCUUUGCUCUUCUGCUUCGAACACUUUUGCUGGAGUAAAUUGUAGCCAUGAGUACAGUGAUGUGCUGAGUCCUUUGAGUCCUCCAAGCAUCUCAUCAAACCAGGGUUGCAGGGCGAGGGGUUUUGGGGACCCAACACAUGAAGCAGUUCCAGAGGAUGUGCACUGGCAGCCUUAG